AUGUCCUCGCAAGAAAAAGAAGGGCCCAGUUUAACGAAGCUGCGAAAGGUGAUCAAGGAAGCCUUCAGUUGUUUCGACAAGCAGCAGAAAAACACCAUUGAGCAGGAUGAGGUUGGUGUCGUUAUGCGAUAUUUGGGCCAAUUUCCAAGCGAGUCGGACUUGAAAGAGACGAUAAUACCCGAAUUGCUGGAGGAGGAUCCCUCGCGAGACGGCUUGGUGUCUUUUGAAGCCUUUGAGCGAUUGAUGCUGAGGUAUCUGAGCGAUCACACUUAUGAUCCUGAUGACUCAGAGACGUUACUAGCCGCCUUCAGGGUCUUGGACCCACAGGGGCACGGCUACAUCGAUUCUAACUUGAUGCACGAGUGGCUUUCCACUAAAGGUGGCAAGGCUGCAGACUUCUUCAAGGAGCGGGAAACAUCGGACUUCCUGGAGUACGCCAAAGACAAAGAAAGCUCUGACUCCAGCCGAAUUUACUACGAGGAUUAUGUUGCGAAGCUGAACGCAGACAUAGAGAAGCACUUGGAGAAUCUUUACCAGGUGGCCCGCGGAUCUGGCCGUCAAUGA